GCUUGCAGAGUCCUCAUCCAUCCAUUGUCACUGUCAGCAGGAGAAGCUGUAUGCUGUCAACUAUCUCCUACCCAGUGCGCCUGCGCCCUCUAUCCGCCCCCCACCCUCCCUCCAUCAGUGUGUGUCUCGGUUCUCCACCUGACAGCUCAUCGGGAGACAUGCACAGAACCGAGCCCAGGGCUUCUCACCAGCAGUGAUAAAAGGCCCCGGUGUCUGCAGUCUGGGCUGGAUACUGACCGGCUGUUGUCCUCAGCGUCGUGCUCCACACAGCGGCAUGGAGCGCUCCUGAUCCCGGCAGGACGCCUGGAGCUCAACCGUUCUUCGCUCGUCACAUCUUGGAUCUCUUUGGAUAUUCGGAGGCCCGACCAUGUCUGCGAGAGACAAGGGGAUCCUGACCAAAGACAGCGUCAGCCUGCUGCCCUGCUUCUACUUUGUAGAGGUUGGUUGAUGCUGCAUGCUUCUCAUUCACAGCGUCUCACUCAGUCGCCUACAAAACAGGACGGAUGUAUUCUGACGGAGCCGUGCCAUCACCUACUCCAUAUACCGAGAACUAACCUCCUAUAAUAAAGCGGCGAUUAGCUCAAUUUGACCCAUUUGAGAUUUAGGUCACGAGAUUAUCAACAUUAAAACGUCAACAGUCCUUUCUGAGUCAAUGAAAUGUGGAUUAAGUGUGUGCUGUGGACCCCCAGAAGCCUGCAUAUGUCAGAUUAUUCCAUUAUCACCUGUAAAAUUAAUACAUGUGCAGAAUGCAUUGCUCCAUUUUAGAUUGUUAUUCAUCUGCAUUGUUAAUAUUAUGCCAUUAAAACCUCAUAGGACCUGCUCCCAAAGACCAAUAUUGGGUUUAACUUGCAGAAAUGUGCCUUUGAGUAGUAAGACAAAAAACAUAUUCACAUUUAAUGUUAUUGUCUUUCAACAAGCACCCAUAAUGAUGAAGUUUCCACACAAAGAAAAGAUGACAAUGCACUGUGAAAUAGCUUUAAAGGGGAGUCUGUGGGGACCGGGUUGUAAGCCACCAUGGACAUGGAUAAGGGAAUUCCUCGGUGACAGCAGCGUAUUACAAUACAGGGACUGUUUGACUGUCUUGAUGAUGAGUUUGAGCUGUAUUUUAACAGCGUCAUGUUGAAAGCUCUUUUGUGGAGUGAUCCAAAUGGCCUGACAGUUUCAAAAAUUGAAACGCAGAUUGCAUGCAGCUUGUGGUGACUGUCACUCGUUUUCCUGCUGUGCACUUUAUGCAUGCUCUAAUUCACCACUGGCCUGUGGCUCUUCAAUCAAACUGGCAUCAUAUAUUAUAGAGUAGCUUGUAUACUCUAUGAUGGAUGCUGUUGAGAUUACAACAUCAAGUUGUAACUUGGACAGGGAUUCCUUUGAUUCCUUGAUUUUGUUUUGUUUUUCCGCUCUUUUUUAAUCCUUUCAUUUACAUUCCAAUACACUCUUACUACAAUUUACAUGCCUGACAAAGAAAUUCAGCCUUGAGCUUUUCAGAUCGCCAAGACUGCUGUUCACUAAAGGAUUUUUUACCCUCCAUUUUUACAAACAGCAGGAAGCACUUAAACUAGGUCAAUGCCGAAAGUUAAUUCUUCACAGUGAACUACAACACUUGCACGCACAAUUAGUCUAAAUCAAGCUCCUUUCCCAGGUGUGUGCGCGCGCCUGUCUGCGUCUGCGUCUCUGUGUGCUUGUGUGGUUUAAAAAAAAAAGGCGAAGGUUGUGGCCUGUUAAGCUCAAACUCUUCCUGCUCUCCUGUCAGCUGUGGCUGCCAUGUCCAACAGCAGAUGUAGGCAGGAGAUCAGAGUCUGUCAAUCAUGAUGUGUCGGUCCCCUCGGGGAGUUUUACCUCUGCAUUACUCAUGGCCCCUCACCUGUCAUAUGAAUUCUUUAUGCUGAUAGCUAUAAAGUCAGAAAGAAGCUGAACAAACAUCAGACCUAAAUAUAACACAGUCCUGCCAUUAUGAAUUAGCCAUGUUUCUCUAAAUGCAACUGUACUCAAAGCUAACGCUGAUGUCAUUACUCAAAUUGAUCUGCAUCACUUCUGCUCCAAUAAAAUAAAUACACAUCAGAGCUAGAAACACUACCUAUGACAGCUAAAGACAGUCUGUGAUGUGAGUGUUGUUCGAGAUGUGGUAACUAAUAUGCUGUGCCAUUGCUGUCCUACAUUAACAUUACCAAGCUUGAAGUUUAACUUAUUUUGAGAAGGAUAAAUAAUGAAGACAAGGUUUUUGAAACAAAUGCGUUAUUGUUGUAGGGGUUUCUGCUUCACAAUGAUGCUUCAUUUAAAAAUCAAGCCAGACAUUUUUUCAGACGUCUGCUUUGAUUUAAAACCCCAAAGUCAAAAAGGCACAAUGGUCUUGCAUUUCAGUAGCAUGGCUGCUAACUAAGUUAAGUUCAGGUUUGUUCUUAUACUAGAUGUGCCACAAAUAUUUUCAGAUUGACACUAGAGUCAGUUCCACUUCCAUUUCCCCCUAUAAGAAUAUACACUUGGCUUAAGUCUUAUGGCUGCUUUGACCAUCAAUGGCAUCAUAAAUGUAGUAAAUUUGAAUGAUCUCAAACCCAGCUUAGGACGGACAAACAAUGUUACGUUUGGUUGUAGGAAGGAAGAGUCAGAUGUGAAGACAUGACAACAAAACUCCCUGAAGCUCCUCAUUUAGCUACUGACAAAAACUACUUUUUUAAGGAAGGCUAGAACGCUAAUAGCAAACAAAACUGUAUAGCUGUGUAGACACAGGCCAAAGUAAUGCUGUUAAUGUUAAAAGACAUUGAUAACGGUCAGUUAAAACAGUUCACACGAACACAAGGUCUGGAUGAAUAAUCAGAAUUUAGCAAAUUGUAUUUUUAGAGGCUGUUCUGAAAAGAAAGAAACUUUAAACAAUGAUGUAAAUUGAUAAAAUACACAUUAUUUAACCCUUUAACUGGACCCCAAUGGCAAUGUCAGUUGUGUGUGCACAGGAUUAGCUCGUCCUGGUGUCCACUUCACAUAACAGCCUCUGCCAUCUGUGUAUGAAUGUUGCGUGAACCUAAAAGGGCUAGUCACAAGACUAGAAAAGGGAUAUUUAAAUGUAGUCUAUUCCAUUUACCAUGUAAAUGAUAAUGUAUCGUCUUGAUAUAUUAACUCCGAGAAUGAGAUGAGACCUGUGGGUUUUAUUUGAAAAUAUCAACUGGCUAUCAUCCUUCUCAUUAUCCAGGUACAUAUAGCUACAUACAAGACCCUAAGUAUUGAUCUAAAAAUGAUUAAUUUAUUGAUUUAUAAAUAUUAGUUUGUGCAGAUCAAAGGCAAAAAGUCACUCAGUUUCAGUGGCUAGUCAUGUCAACCUUCAGGGAGCACUUUCCAUCACAAUUUCAUCUCACUUUGGGUUUUUCUAUUAGCAUUUGCAAAAUAUAUAAUUUCCUCUACCAGUAAUCUGUUGGCAUAUUCUUCUCGUUCAAGCUGCUCAAGGCCACAUUCCUGUUGCAGUUUGGUGUUGCUUCAUUUCUAUUCUCUUAAUUUGUCCCUUGUUUUCUUAGACUCAGCUUCUUGUGUGUUUUAAUAUCAUGAUUAUUUCGUAAUUAUUAUUUUAGUGCUUUUCUCCCUUUUGUUUUAAUUUUAUGCUGGUCACUGGAUGACCAUUAACCUGCCCAAACUUAAGUUCUGUACUUUCCAAAUGAACUGAGUGUAGUAUUACAAAUAUUUUACUUGUUUUAAAUGCUGCAAUCAGAAAGUCACUUUUUUGUUAGUUAAUUUAAUGUGUAUAGUCAGGGUGUUCUGGUGUGCCACCUGAGUAAGAAAGUUGGGAAGUAACACACAAAGGUGUCAUUAGAUUAGUAACCUCAGAGCAGGAGUCUGAAGCUGUUAAGACAUUCAACUAGAUUUUUAAACUGCUUUUUACCCCCCUGCUAAAUUAUCAAUGUUUGCCAGAUCUCAAAAUGAGUGACACAUGUCUCAUAUAGGCACUUGCCUUCGAAGGGGGCUCCACCAUACACGCUAAAAUCAGUUUACUGCUUAUAAGGCCAAUUACUCCUUAAUUCCACUGUCAGGUUGGAGCCAUCGGUUAUUCAGUCACCUUGUUUGACAAGUAUUAUACCUAUUAGCAGUCUCUAUGGAGAGUGCUGAUCAUUGACUUUCUACAAUUAUGGAUGACACAACUCCAAUCAAAUCUGUGCUAAGCCUGGAGUGCAAUCCAUAGGGAAGGACUCUAUUGUUUGUUCAUCAGGGUCCUGCUCAACACAGCUGGGACUCGAAUUUGCAGAACAGCCCGUUCACUUUCAUGCUGUCAUGAUAAUGGGUUUUAAAAAAUAAAACCCUCUGUUUGCUGUUCGAGCAAAAGGUGUCGUAUUUUUGUUAGAUCAGACUGACCCCAGACAGGUGGACAAAGAAAAUGUCAUAGGAUUUCAUCAGACCAAGAAAAGAGGCUGAUUGUGUUAUAGAAUAGUUCAGAUGAUACCGUUAGGGUCUUUUGCAUGUGGCUGAAGAAGAGGGAAUGAAUGUGAGACUAAGAGAAUUAGGCAUAGAAAUGAGGCUGGCGCUGAGUGUCAGAAGAUGUAGGGCAAUGGAGCAUCUCUGCUGAGCUGAACCCUCCCCAGAGGAGCAGAAGCUUCUCGGAGAAAGAGAGCGUAAGAAUCAUGAAGUCAUUCUGCUCUGUGAUUUAUCACAGUGUGCUGUUGUUUCUUCAAUCUGACUGCUCUGUUUGCCAGAUAAACCACAGACUCUCACAUCACUGUCAGUAUUAUCAUCCUGACAGAGUCGUCUUUCAUUAAUUCAAAUAGUCACAAAUCUCUAGAUCCAUGAUAAGACUUCACUUUAAUUUUUCAGGACACUAUUCGAUUCAGUCUGGGUUUAAUAUUUUUGACAGUUACUGGCAGCUGUGUCAGUGAGUUUGUUUUCAACUUACUCAUAACUUCUUUUAAGAGCAUAAAACUUUAGACUGGUGAUUAAUAGCUAUACAGACACCUGCAGAAAAAAAGGAGAGACAUCAGCCAAAUUGAAGAAAACAAACAUAAAACAACCACAGUGUUGCCCAGUUUUGCAGUGUAAUAGGACAGGUUGAGUUAGAAGAAAAUGCCAAGAGAAGAAGAUGUCUGGUGCUGUUGUUAUUUCUACUCCUGAUAACAGAAAAGUGCUAAUGUUUAGACUCUGCCUUAAUCAAAGUAUUUUAAUGACAAUUGAGCCUGUAAGCAGAUAGACAAGAAUACUGGUACCAUGAGAGCGCUAACAACUUUUAAAAUUGAGAGACUACUUUUUAGAUGUACAAAGGAAAUAUAUUUUUAAACUAAUACAAUCAUAAAUACAUCAAAGCUUAUUGUCAGUUUUUUUUGUAAAUCUAGUUCAUUAUCAGCUGAAUACUUUGUAGGAAACCAGUGAUUGUCCAGAUUAAACCCCCUUUACUGAAUACCAACACUGUGAAACAGGACGGUUUCUGGUUCAGAGUAACUCUGUGGCCUUUUGGUUUCUUGAUGUCUGUUCAUGGUUGUUUGGUGUCUAAAUUAACUCUUGUCUCUUUGUGGUCGCUUUGAGUUUUGUCUGUAGGUUUUGUGUGUCUUUGAGGAUUUUCCUGUCUGAAAUAUUUCUCUUUUUAUUUUUGAUGGAUUUUUUUUGUGCCACAGUGGGUUGUUGUUUUGCAUUAUUUUGUCUCGAGUGACUUUUCAAGUAUUUACUGUUGCUUUAUGUCUUUUAGUAGGCUAGUUGAGGUUUUUUAUUGUCUCUACUGGGAUUUGUGUUUUGGAUAUUCUGUUCCUCUUUGCAGUUGUUUUCUGUCCCUUUGUGUUUUUUUAUUUAUUUUUUAUUGCACUUGUAGCUUUGUGUCUGAAGUGACUUUAUGUCCCUUUGUGAUGUUUUACAUCUCAAGAAAUUUUGUGUGUGUUUUGGUUGGGUGUUACUUGAUAUUGUGUAUAUCUGUAACAUCUUUUGUGUUUCUUUGUGUCUUUGUGUUUCUUUGUAUUUUUUUUUUAUUAUUAUCCAAUUUUUUUGUUCUUUGCUGACAUUUGUUUCUUUGUAGUAACUUGGUGUGCUUUUUUGUGUUCAAUGGAUUUUCUGUCUCUUUAAAUCUGUGUUUUUUUCAUGCUCUUUUGUACUUUUCUCUUUAAGUUUUUUUAUUUGCUUUGUAGUCUUUUUUGUCUCCUUUUAAUUGAUUUUUUCAAAUUUGCUUUGUGUCUCUCUGCUGUUUGAGGAUUCAUUAGGCGUAGUGAUGUGUAGUGAUUCAGCGUCUCUUUGUGGUUGUUUUGAAUAAGUUUUUUGGGGUCCAGUCUGGGUUUUUUUUUGUUGUGUGGUUAUUAGGUGUCUCUUUGCGCUUUAUUUGUGUUGUGUUGUGUCUCUUUGUGAUCUAUCUUGUCUUUGUGGUUAGUGUCCAUUGUUUUGCAGUUGUUUCUAAUGUUAUCGUCCUCGUUAUUCAUCAGUCAUUUUUGAGUUUGGUUGUAUUUUUGUUCCUCUCACAGGUAAUCAGUGCACUGCAGGCAAACACCCACUUGCUGCUCCUAAAUUUACUAAUGGGCUUGUGACUGUAAAGUAAAGCACUGAAGUAUUUAUAAACAGUGCAAUCACUUUUACAGGAAACAGUGCUUUAAUAAGAGUUUGCUAAAAUUAGCUUAAUUAAGGUUGGUGGGGUACAAAUCAGGUAGGCUACUAUUUCGAUUAUUCCAGUUUCUGAAUAACAGAGAUCUCUGUGACUUAUACACUCACAGUUGACAAAAUCCUCAUUAAACUCUAUCUCAAAAUAAAAAAAACAAACCCUAAACUAAACUCCUUUAAGUGUACAGCUAUUUGUUGUGUCUCUUUCUAGUUGUUAUUUCAUGUUUUUGGAUGAAAGACAGAAAUAGACAUCUUCAUGCAAAUUGCACAGCUGUGGCUCAGGAGUAGAGUCAGCAAUCUCUCAAUGUGAACGUCUGGACCUUUCUAUACAAAAAUCUUUAACGUCUACCCAUUAUUUUUGAUCAAAGUAGAUGCUUUAAGCUUCUUCCACUGCCAAAUUAGUUCAGCAAUAGAAAGACAAGAUUUGCCACAUGCGAAAAUAAAGGAAAUAUUGAUCAGCCAUAGCUGAAAACCAGAGGUUUUACAGUUGACAGCAUAAUCUUUUAGUGUACCCAUCCGGACUGAGGCAGCAGUUAAAAGCAUCUGUGAUUAGAUAAUGUCUUCAAAAAGAGAUGUCAUAUUCAACACCUCUGUUUCUGGAGCACAGAAGGCACACUGGACAUACAAAUCUCAACCCUGAUGAAGUUGGGUCAUUGUGUAAAAUGAAACAGGAGUAAAAAUAUGCCUUUCCUUACUGAUGAGUUGGCAACACUGAUUCUGUUUUUAAUUACCUUUUACACAACAAAGGAAGAAAGUACCCAAACUUUCUCAACAGCAGGGAUUCCUCUUUGUGGAAAGCUGGAACGAAACAGCAGUCCUUUUCUGUCAUUCCAACAAGGAUUUCUAGAUAUAAACCCUUUGCUGUUGUAUAAUAAGAUUUUCAUCUUGCAAAGUUUCCUGGAUCUUCAUAAAAAAAUUUGCACGAUUACAAAUAAUUGGGUUAAACAAUGUUUGUCUGUUGCUUUUUUUAGCACCAGCUGGCAUCUUUCCGACAAAUCUUUGUUGACUGAGUCAUGGAACAACCAAUUUCCAAAUAAACAAUCUAAGCCCAAACCAAUUGGACACUCCGACACUGAGGAAACUCCCUGUCUGUUCACUUGGCCCAACAUCCACCAAAAAUAACUGCCAGCUAAAGCCUACUGGAGCCUGCUUUCCAUUUUACACAUCUAUUAUUCAAACUGAACUGUCUCUCUCCUGUUCUCGCAUCUCUGUAAUCACUGAGGGCUGCCAGGAACACUUGGGAGCCUGUAGAAGGAUUAUCGUUGGGAAAACUUUCAGAGGAAUGUUGUAUGGCAGAAAGCUUAAGAGUAGUCCAAAUUUUAAGACUCAAGAAGGUGGUGCAUAAAACUGGAAAUCAAACUCCUGUACCGAGUGCACUUCAGAUAGUUUAGGAAGAGUUUACAUGUAGAAUGAAAUGUUUAUCUUUACCUUUUAGUGAAGAUCACUGGAUUAUCAAAUUAAUGUUGUUUUUAACCACAAAAGAAUGAACAUGCUGAGCUCUCUCUUACUUGGAGCAGUUUAAGGAACCAGCCCUUUAGCCAAACGACCUCCAUGGGAGCAGAGGUCAUUCUGAUUACAAUUAGCCUAUUUGAGCAAAACAUGAGGACAUUUUCAAUUGAUUUUUAGGGAGCCAGAAAACUGAUAUUUUAUCACUAGAAUGAAACACUGAUUCUAAUGUAUGCCCAUUAAGACUUCUUUGCACAUUCUCAAUUAGGACUGGGCGAUAAAAUGAUAAUAUUUGUUGAAAAUUAAUUUCCCUCAUUAUCAAUAUAAAACAUGAUCAAUAUCCUUUUCGAUAGUUGGCAUUCUGCCAUAUUUUGGUAGACUAUAUGAAUAGCCAAUGAAAAGGGGAAUUGCUCUGGGUCAGCUUCGCAUUGAACCAACAUGUGCUGGAUGAAAACCAAGUAGCAAACAACUGUGUAGUAGCAGCUACACGCAACCAUAGCAUUUUAACACGUGAAGCCAACAGCACUGUCGGUGAGGAAAAAAGAAAAUGAGUGCUACCCCCGCAGAAAUGCAUAUGAAGGCUCAACAGAUGAUGAAAUCGUCAACAACACUGGUAACACUGACAAUAAUGUCAGUGGUGUGGAGGUAUUUUGGUCUUUUGAGGUCGGACAUGUAGCAGAGUAAUGUGCACUGCAAAUUAUGUCGAGUACAUGUUCUUGCAAAGCCGGGGAAUAACUCAAAUCUUUUUCAUGCGGCAGAGCAAACAGCAAGGAGCUCAUGGCACCUGUGCAGCCGAAACAGCUGACAUUCAGUCCCCUUUCUCUAUGGCAACCUAUGACAAAAACAUCAAAAAGACCUCACAGAUGCAGUAGCUUAUUGUAUUGCAAAAGACAUGCUUCCAAUAAGCACUGUUAAAUUUUCCUUUUUAUAUUGUGAUAUUUCGAUAUUGACUGAGAUGAAAAAAAAAUACACUGUUAUAAACUUUUUCACAUAUCACCCAGCCCUGGUCUCAAUAGACAUACAUGAUCAGAUCAGGCUCUGGUUCUCUUACACCAUAUACACAAGACAACCUAAACUCCUUCCUAAGCAUGUUAGCAAAAAUAGAGUAAAAGGAUGCAACUGCUUUUUUAUCAUGUUAAAUAACAAUAGAAUCACAUGAUGCAAAUGCAGUUAUAUAACAUGUUAAAUAAACAGCUUUUUGUCAAUGCUAAAAAUAUUUCUUUUCUUCCACAGAGAGGGUAAUUUAUAUAACAGUGGUGAGAUGAAUCAAUUAGGAAAAUGUCAUGACAGAUAAAAUCCAGACAGCAAAUCAAUGUGGGUGUGUGAAUCAUCCCCUGAAAAGGAUAAACCUAAAAGCAACCCAGGGUAUUCAAACUUCAUCAGAGCUCAGGAAAGUCUCUAGGCUUAAAAGUCACUGAAAAAAAGCAUGUUAAAUACCAACUUAACCACAAUUUGCCAGACAGGGAUAUUUGUCUUUGUUCCCAACUGUUACAGGAAAAGUCUGUAAAAUCACACCAAGAGGGUUAAUCAUCAUUAACACUGAAAAAGUUAGUCUUAAAACUUAAAACUUACCCCCACGCUGUGCUGCACUGUAUUUUAACGCUAGGCUUUGAUGAUAGUUUAAUGUUUUUAUCUACAAUCUGAACUGCAGAUGCAUAUGAAUUGCUUUUUGUACCCUGGUUUGUUUCACUAUUAAAAGACGUCUUUAACUCAGCAAAAAGUUUUCAAAAAUCACAAGGAUGUGUGGGGAAACUGAAGCAUAUCUAACACGAUUAGCUGCUAUUGGCCUGCACGAAUCACGCUGCACUUUCAAAUAACAGGAUAUGACAUAAAAUAUCCUGCAGAAAUCUACUUUGAAGUAUGGGGAGCUGCUUCAUCUACAAAGCAUGAGCAGUGCAAGUGGUGAUGCCACUGACCUAUAUUUCUGGUUUCUAUGAGCUGAGAUGCAGGAUGAGAGGUGAAGAAUGCUGACAGUAAGCCAGGAGGAAUCAGACCUGAAAGAGGGGGAGGGGAACAGUGCAUGUGGAGCUUAGAGGGGGGCUGCAUGAGCUGGUUUCUAUAGAGAACACACACCAAGAUAAUUCCUGCAUGCAUGUUGCUUCUAGGAUUUAUUCAUCCAUUUAAUAUACAGUAAAGACUCGGUCUGUUUAAUAAGCAUUAAGGAAUCAUAAAAAUACAAUGGGUUUGUAUUACUCUCAUCAGAAUCACAGACUGUUUUGUAGGUUUCAGAGAUACCUUUGUACCUAAUCAGAAUCCAGGAGCAGAUAUAUUUUUCUAUAGAUCUCAACAUAUCUGUUUCAUGUCAGAUUUUUUUAGUCUCCUUCAGUUUAUUCCAUUUUAACUUAAAUUAGCUGCCAUAACUUUGAGAUGAACUGUUUGUGUUUGUUUGGCACAGAAAUGUGAAACUGGACUUUGACUCUUGAAGAUGUGUUUAAAGGGAUAUUCCUGCGUAGAGUUAGACAGCCCCUCGAGAGAUGAAUGUUGCCGACGGCUUGCUUCUCUAGUUUUACCAGCUUUAGUAACGACCGCAGGAUAGCAAUACACAGUGGUCUGAGGAGCCACACACAAACCUCAACCAAAAUGCCACUCUGUAACCACAAAUAAUGCUCAGAACAGCACCUAACUUCAUCAACAGUACAUAUAGGGUCCCAGCCAUAGUACUAGCCAUCAAACAUCUUUUUAACAUUGCCUAAUUUCUUAAGCAAAGGGAGUAAACACAACUCACCUACUCUCUUCCAGCAAGCGCUUGUUUGUAGCGAGACCUCGGGCCAGUCCAUUAUGGACUGCUGUGGGGUGACGCAGCUCAAGGAAGAAAAGAGUUUGUUUUUUUACUCUACAUAAGUUUUGGGAAGUUUUAGAUGUAAGCAUUAUAAAUUAAUAUCAUCCUUGAAUGCACAAAAUUCUAUUUUUGUUGUGUUGCAACUAAGCAUUAGACCUGGUGUGUAAAAAAAUCAUUUGAAUCAUGGCAACUCAACCUAAAAACUAGCACAGGCAGUGUGAUCAUGAGGAAAAACAACAACUUAGUCAAUUCCGGUUAUCUGAAACUCUUAAACUGGAGCUUGGACCUGAAAUACAAGCGAGCUCAGCUUAAAUGUUAUUCUUCUGCAUAACUAGCCACACAGAAAGUAAGUAGGUCAAAGUUUUGGCAGAACGUGGUUCCAAAGAUUACGCUCAUUAUUGUAAACAGACAGCCUGGAUAAUCAUCCGUGCUCCCACUAACCUUUGUAACGUCUUUGUGAUUGUGCCAUCUCCUCAAAUAUCAACAUUCAAAGAUAAUUUGUGACACAAAGGUGAAACAGUACUUUUGUGUUUCAUAUGAGGAUAGUGCAAAAGUGAACGGGCUCUCUGAAAGCAAAGUAAAGCAAACUUCAAAUAGAGUUUGAACAAACAGUGUUUUGGUUUAAGUUCGUUGAAAUUGGCUGAAUUUUGUGGUAGAGGUGGACCCGUCCGUGGCGGUUGAUAAGCGAGCUUAUGUUCUGGUUCUUUACAACGCCUAAUAUGAUUGCUAUCCCCUUUUACUGAAGCACUUACAAGUACCUCAUUCAAACCUGCUUAAAAAGGAGGAACUGUCCCUUGAGUUUAUCCUAAACUGCACAAAAUAAACAGAAUAAAUUCAAAUAAAAUAAUAGGAAGUUGACAAAGUUGCAAACAAAGUUUUUUUUUAAUUGUUAGAUUGGACAGGACUGUGCAAAAUGUUGAUGAGAAAGCUGAGAGCUGAAUCAUUUUUUUUUACAGACGGUCAGGCACACAAACAAGGAAAGAAAAAAAACUGAACAUCUCUUUAAAUCUGCAACAAGACAAUCUACAUACAGCGCCGCAAAGACUGUUCCCUCCUGCAUGAAGAGUUUUUGUAGCUGUCAGCUUAACACGCAAACCUUCUCGUCAGUAUCCACCCCACAAAUUCUGCAAUAAGUCAGAGUGUCCUCUUACCGCCAACAGAAGUUAAGCACGUUUUUUUCAUUACAAUUUUUUUUGUAAAGAUGGAAAAAGGUGGAAAUUAGUGAUAAAUUCUGAAAGAUGAAGGAAGAAACAGGGUGUAUUUUAGCUAAAACUGUUAAUUUGGACGAAAAUCCCAUAGGUGGCCAUCCAGCUGACCUAAAAUGGAAUGAACUUGCUCCAGAAAAUAAAUAAAUAAACCUGUUGUGCACUCAAACUGAUCAAAGAUAUUAGCUAUGUCUUUAAUAAUGAACCUAAAAGUGCAGAUAUAACAGCAUGAUAAAACCUGCAAACCUUUUAAUCUGAGUUCCAAAAUUACAACAAAUACAACAGCUUAAACUGCAAGAAGAUGAUGGGGAAGAAGUAAAGGUGAGACUGACACCAAGAAGGAAGAGUCCUGGCAGUGCUCCUAAAGUCUGAACAAUUCCUUUCACCCCACUAGACAGUAAUUCUGUGCUCUAGAGAUGACUGUCAGUGCAGCUGGCUGAACCAAUGUUGAACCAGUGGUGAUUAGUCAUUAUAACUCACAGUACUGCAGCCCAGUGUGACUGUCUCUGCACUGUCAGCAGCCAAGCAGGAGAAAUCCUGAAUGCACCUGUUGCUUUUUUCUUAACUGAAUUAUUAACUUUAACUUACUCUGAAACAUUCAGAUAUUAUCAAAUCAAAGAUGAUAAAAUAGGGGAUUAAAACACAAGUUACAUGCCAAGCAUAACACAUUAUAGCCAAAUUGGUGUAAAGGGGCAUUUUGCAGAACAUACUAGGUAGAAGUGGACUGCAAUAUUCAUAAUCAUAUUUAAAUGUACUUAUAAUUACCUAUAUUAUUUUUUUUUAAAGUGUUUUUUUAUUUUUUAUUUUUUGGUAACUUGUCAUCUUGCUCCACCAAUUCUAUGGUAGUGCAGAACAAACACAAUAGUAAGGGCCAUGUGUCUGCUUUUAUCUAGCAAGUUGUCGUCUGAUAUGCACUGAUUGAAAGAUGAAGAAGACCAACAAGGUGUGUGUGUUUUUUUUUCUUUUUCUUCUUUUGUGCACAAAGAGUUUGUUUUGAUGGGAGUCUUUGACGAUAAAAAAAACAUGCAAAUAGAGAAUCAUACUUUCAUGCUUCAUGCAAGAGAUCAUUUGAAUCAGAAUCUGAAUGAACCCCAACAUUCCCAUUUAUAAUCAUCAAAGUGAGUGAACUGAGGAGGAGUAGAGAGGUCUAAUUAUGACAUAAUGAUCCCUGUAUUGGUGGUGAAUGCCUGUCAUUCCUCGACAGCAGACAAUGAAAUAUCAAUCGAUCCCUCUCUUUUAUCUCUACCUUUGACAUGCUUUUUCUCUUCCCUUUGAACUGUAUUCAGAGUCUUUCUAUUUUUCAAAUAUUUGUAUUCCCCUGAGGGUCUCCCUAAAGUCCUUUGUAAGUAACAUGAUAAAACUAUUCUCUUUGUAGGGAAUGAUUGAGUUAGAAAGGAAGGAUGGCAGGACAAGAAAACUAGUGUGAGUGAGAAACCCCUGGCAGAAACAUCAGACAGACAAAAGGAAGGAAGUCUGCAAACAGAGGCCCUCUGUUAGCUGGAUGUGUGUGUGUAUAAGUGGCUCAGCUCCCAGCAGGAGUAUGCUGACUCAAAGAGAUCCCCAUGUAUUGGGCUCGUAGUGGGGCCUGUCCUUCGUCAUGGUGGUCUUUUGAGCAUUAGCUGAGUGAGCAGCAAGCCUGCCGCUGUGUACCAGUGAAUCAGGUUAUUAAUCUGCACGAUGAAGCCUGAGAUGCUGCGGGCCACAUUCAGCCUCCACUGGCACAGCUGACUGCAGUCGGUUGAACCUUUACUGCCUUCAGUAACAAUCAGCUUUCUGCCUACACAUGCACCUCAUUUAUUCCUGUUAUUCUUUAAGGAAAGAGAAGAAACCUGUUACCAUUUGGAGGGUAGGGGACUGCCUGCAGUGUCUGCUGACAUUAUUCUUUUAUUUCUUCUAAGGAUUUGAGGCACUCUGGAGAUGAUAUGAAAAAGUCCUUAUUUUUCAGGGCUGUAGAGUCACAGUAAAGAAGUGUCAAAGUGCUUCAUCCACUAAAGCUUCCAUCAGGCCAGAUACUGAGUUUGUCCUGCUGAAUCCAGAAUGAUUCUCUCUGUAUGAGUCUUCUUAACCGGUCUCCACUUCUUAUUGAGUUUGCAGUGUGUUCAGUGUCUGAUACCUACAAAGAUGUACAGCUGCUAUGAUCAGUGCCUUUGUAAUGUAAGGGCUACUGUGGGCUACCUGUGCCUUUAGCAUGUUUACACUUAAUUCUGCAAAUGUAAAAACAGCCACAAAGACUCUCAAGAUGGUUAUCCACAAAUGAAGUAUUGCAAUUUGUAAAAGAUUUAACUUACGACCUGAAGAUAAAUCAGUAAGUGGUUGAAACAAACAAAAAAAAAACAGACAACAAACUGAAACAAACAAUCGGUUGAGUUUGAUCGGACGUGUCUGUGUUUUUGCAAACUAAAUAUUCAUGGAGGUGAAGGGCUCAGUGUGAGUCAGAAAUUGUCAGAAAGGUAAUAGUUGUGCUUUAUAGUAACUUUUAAAAUCAUGUUCCUCAGCUUUAAAUUCCAUGUGUUGGAGUUUUGCUGACACUCCUUAAAACUCCGUCCAGAUUUACUACAUGCAUGGUGAGCUCUCAGGUCAUAUCUGACAGCAGGCCUGUAGAGUGUAAGCACAUGAAUCAUGCAACAUCAUCUGUGUGUCGUACAAUUUACUCGAAGAGCGUGAGUUUGUCUUCUACCAAGACUUUUCAGAUAACAGCUAGACUCUGCUGUGGUAAAAAUAAAAAUAAUAAUAAUAAUAAAAUAAAAUAAACAAUCUGUUUACUCACUGUAAUCGCUGUCCUGCUCUCUAAUAAUGUCCACUUUGUCAUCUUUUUGGUUCUCAUUGACUCACACAACUCCGACAUCCAGAGGGAAGGUGGUUCAACUGCUGUUGAAACACAGUUUUGGUCACUUAGGUCAUCUUGAGGACCAUAGUUAGCACUUUCCUUUACGGUAGUUUUAAUGCAUCAGAAAUAAUGCAUCAGAUUUUAUAGCACUAUAUCAGAGACCCUCAAAGCACUUUACAUUGGAUACAUCAUUCAUUCAUUCACACAGUCAGAACCUGGUGGUGGUAAACUACCUUAGUAGUCACAGCUGCCCUGGGGCCAGUUUGCACCUACGGCCUCUCCAACCACCAACACACAACACUGCACCAACUAGUGGUUGAAGAGGUGACUAGUUAAGUAACUGAUAAAACCUGUACUUGACACAUGCACAAUCUCCACAAGAAAAAAAAUGGAAAUGAAGGCAGUGCCAUAUUGAUUUUUCUUCAGGCCAUGGAAAAGGGGAUCCAAAAUAUUAAAAACUGUAAUGAUUAAAAAAAAAAUCAUUUGAAGCUGCAAAAGCUAACAUUUUGGUCACUUCAGAAAUUCUUCACAAACUGGGUGUAAAUGAUCCCCAGAAAAUGAAAAGUAGAACUGCUAAAUACUGAGAAAGUAGAACAUUUUUCAUCAGUCAUGUAAGAAUGUUUUAUUCCAGAGUUAUUAUUAUUCAUUGAGAGGAUGCUGAAAAGCACAUGACCAAAAACUGAGAAGCUGAAGGCAACGAUCAAAGCAAGCUUGGCCUCAGUAACACCUCAGCAGUGCCAAAGCCUGAUCCCCUCUCUACACGGAUGCAGUAAUUUGUGGUAAAGGAGCCCCAUCCAAAUACUGAGUGUAUGAAUGAACAUACUUCCCAGAAGUUAAUUUUAGAAUUUAAACCAAGUUUUUAAUUGAAAGGAGGGGAAAUUUCAAUAAUUUUGAAUACUUUAUUGAUGAUUUUCAUAAACUCUUAGCCAAAAUCAUCAAAAGUUAAAAGACUUUUCAUGUCAUGAAGAAUAUAUGAAAGUUGAGCUAUUUGAAUCUUUGUGCAUCACUCUAAAGUUUGUUUUAAUUUUAGUUUCCUGAAUAAAAUGUCAGCUUUUAUUUAGUUGGUGCUCACCCAAUCAUGACUGAAUCCAAAAUAUUAGCAGAUGAAUGACAGAGGAUAUACUUUUCAUGAGUGCAAACUUUUCCCUGAAAUGAUGAGACACCUCUUUGAUUUUCUAUUUCCUGUAUAUGAUCAGUGAAAACUCUCAAAUGUGUUGUGGUGUAGUCUCUGGUAAAAUGGUGCAUCAGUCUCUCCUCAGCACCACAGCUCUGGUGUCUCAGAGCUCAUGAAGGAUUGGAUAUCCACUGCUGAAAUGCCACAGUACACAUUACACUGAUGCUGUGAAAGGUCAGUGGUGAAAUGACUGCAGUGAACCAUUAAACAUUUCUAGAGCAGGAAUUUUCAUAACCAGCACCGCAGACCACUGAGGCAGUUUCUGUUAUUGAACUGAGAGAUGAACACCAGCUUUAUUACUCUAAUUUCUUUCGUCGUUGGGAUUGAACUGCUGUGUUUUGAUUGCUUUUACUGUUAUUGGCUCUCCAGCUGGCACAGGAACUAGAUAAAUGAUUUCAUUGUCUUUUUCGGUUUCUGGAGAAUUCAUGUAGUCAUCUUGAGUGAGCAAUUCAUUUCCACAUGCCGUCUUCUAUAACCUUCAGCACCAUCCUUAAACCCCACCUCCCACCCCCACCCCCUUUAGUCAUGCAAACAAUUUUCCAUGCUUUGAUCCUCAUUAUCAAAUCAAAUUAACAUGUUCAUUGAACCAUAGGUUUAUGGGGACAUUUGCAACACUCUCUGCCUGUUUAUCUAUUUAUUUAUUCAUUGGCAAUCUGUUAAAGUUCCUCCUGCUGCAGCUGUUUAUGACUUUGAACUAACUUACUUGGUAUAUCACUGUCUUCUUCUGUCAUGUUCAUCAAUAGCUCCCGAUCCUGGUAUCUUCGGUGGUCAGCCUAUACUUCCUGGAGUGGACAGAUUUGUUUAAGCCGGUGAAGUCUGGGUUCAACUGCCAUGACCGCAGCCUGAGCCUUCCUUACAUCGACCCAAACCACGAGGUUAUUCCCCUGCUGAUGCUCCUCAGCCUGGCCUUUGCUGGACCUGCCAUCACGGUAAAAAUGACACAACCAAGUUAUGAAGAAAGAUGGAAUAGAAAUUAUCUGUGGUGAAAAAGUGAUUGCUCUUUGGGUGGCAUACUUAACUGAACAAGUCCUGCUGGUCUGCAAAAUUGCAUCUAGAUCAUUCUCCAAUUGGUCAGGGCUGGCAAAGACUAAGCUAGACCUAUGGAAUCUGGUCCCAAUCAGAAAUGGAAUCAAGAUCAACAAGAUGUUACCUUUGCACAUCAUUUAGCUUCAGUUCAUCUUGCCUUGUAAUUCUGGAUAUGUCUCUCCAUCCAUCUAGAUUUACACAGAAAAGACAUGAGAAUCCUGCUGUCUGCUCUGACCAUUCAGAGCAAACAUAUUUAAUAUGAAUUAACAUAAUGGUCUCUAUUUUCGUGCUUCGCCGGAGACGCGGCGUAUGCGCGGCGUAAGUCAGGUCCAUGCACUGAUAAAGCGUUCUCAGGCAAAAUUUGCUAUUUUGGUGAGCGGCGCAGCCCCGCGUAAGUAUCCCCCCUCCCUAACUCAGCUCCUCCCAGCGGCGUAAGUUGUAGGGAGGGGGAGAGAGGGCAUGGAGUGGAUUUUAACACAGCCGAGACCUGUAUUGACCAAUAACAUCAGCUCCUCUCCUCGCCUUUAAAUCCGCCACUGGCGAAGAGUAUUACUAUUUUCGUGAAAUAGUCAAAGAGAUCAAGAGAUGUCUAUUUACUAGAUAUUUAAUUUAAUUUAAUGCGGUUUCAGCUGUGUUGAUUUGGUCAGGUUGUGUGUCCAAAUGCAUGCCAAACGCACUCAUCAGAUCAGAUAUAGAUCAGAAUAUAUCUAUAUAGAUCUAAAUGUAUGUGCCUUGUGAUGUAUGUAUGUGACUCAGAUUAUUAGUUGUUGAUGAUUAUUUAUUGCACUGAAAUGUGCCUGACACUGUGGAAACCUGCCGGUGAGGCAUCGGUGACAUAUGCCGAUACGUCGCCGGUCUACCAAAAUACCACUAGACCAGCUGCGCUCCGCCUGCGCUGAAAGCUGACCAGGUUUGAAUUGGCGAGCUUUCAGCGCACUUAACACACCACCGGCGAGCACGAAAAUGUCACUGCGCCAGCUGAUUCUGUCGACACCUCCCCCUGCCACGCCACCACGCCCAGCUUGGCAGAUCUCGGUGCGCCUCAGUCCACAAAAUUACCAAACUGGCUGUAUGCCAGGCUCCGCCAGAUGAAAAUACCACUGCACGGGGUCCGCCACCCUCUGCCGCCUCACUGGCGGACAUGAAAAUAGAGCCCAAUGUCAUAAACAGUAUAGGAAUGAAAGAGUUGGAAACUACUAUAUUAGCUCUCGAUUAAUCUGCAAAAUAUAGGAAAUCAAUGUGAUGUCCUUCAAAAGACAGUAUCUUUAAUAUCCUAUAUAUCCUUAGUCCUGCAGUAUCCUUAAUAUUAUUCAUACCAAUGAGGUGGGAGUUGUUAUUGUUAGCCUAAUUAAGGUAACCAUGGUGUUAGUUUGACCUUAAGGGUUAACAUGCUUGGGUGAGAGAGUUUAGUAUGAGUCACACUAGAAUUACUUUUAAGUGAGCAUGAAAUGUUGUUGCCAUGGGCUACAGGUGGACGGGACACAGUUUGUACUGAGGUAUCACUAACGAUGAAAAUAAUGUUUGCAGUGACAACUCAGAGUAUCUGGUGUUACCAAAAGCUGAGGACACUGGUGGUGAAAUCUUUUGGUUUUACUGUCAAUUAUUUACUGCGCAUGUGUUUUUUCAGUGCAUCAGCUCUGAUUUAGGAGAUAAUGAGAGUAAUUUUGGUAGUUUGAUAUUUCACACUCUGACUUUGGUAAACAUAAACUGUGAAGAACUCUAGUCUGUGAAGUAAAGCGUUAAAAAUCUCAGUUCGAAUAAAGGGAAAAUAAAGAGAGAAACAGUUUAUUUUGAGAGAUGUGAUGUACAUUUCUUAGAGAAAUGCUGGUUUAGUGAGAAUUAGAGAUACAGUGUGUCAGUUUCAGUAUUAUGCAGAUCCCUCAGAGGCCCUCCUUUAAAUACUCCUAAUCCCUCUUUCUGUCCAUCAUGGCUGCUGCCUUCUUUCUUUGUUCCUCCCUCUAUUGUUUUCCACUCUUUGUGAUUUAGUGCUAAAUACUUUACAUUCAUAUUGGCACAUUACUAUUUUUGUGUUCUGCGGAAAUCUGUUUUCCUAGAUAUGUCGCGGUUGCGGUUUACAGGUAGCCAGGCAUCCCAUUGUAAUACCAUGUGUCACAUCAGGAGGAUGAGGUUUGGUUUGAGAGUAUCAAACAAGGGGGAUCGUUCUUGGCCCAGACUCUCUUCUCGAACCAGAACUUGGAAGGCCACAUAGAGGUCAAGCGACAGGACACCACCACAUGCAGCAGCCAUUCCCAGCAGCUUACAUUCCAGUAUUUGUGUCCAUAAUGAGAGAGAAGACUGCUCACUUCAUGCAAAUCACAGAAAGUUAAAAAGAUAUUUUAUCCCAGGAGCUAAAACUGUGCAGGUUGAGAGGGAAGAGUAGGAUUAUGGAAAAUGAAAGGACCUGCCUCUCCACAUCCUCUUUGAAAUCAGACACCUGUAGCCCUCUCUGCAAACAUGCUGCAUAUGUGUGACUGACUGUUGUGUUAACAGAUAAUGAUUGGAGAGGCCAUCUUGUUCUGCUGUCUCUCUCGGAGGAAGAAUGGUGCCGGAGCUGAGGCGAACAUCAACGCUGCUGGCUGCAACUUUAAUUCCUUCAUACGCAGAGCUGUCCGCUUUGUUGGUAGAUUAUUUUCCUUCCCCUUAUGUGCAAACUGGCCUGAAAUAAGGUCACAAGUGGCUUUCCUCCUGUCUCAUUUUCCACACAAUUUGAUGAACUAUUUUGCCUUUUUAUACUGUGUUUUAUUGAUACUGAAGUGGCAAUGUCACAAGGUAAACUUUAGCAAAUGGUAACGUUAUCUUUUUAUUCUAGACCUUUGAUAUAAAAUAAACAAAAGCUAAUUUUCAUACAGCCUUCAUAGAGUGUACUAGUCCUUUACAGUAUCUCAAACCCUAUUAUCAGCUGUGUUUCUGCCUCUAUCUGUUUGUUCUUAUCCUUAAUGAAAUUUGACUUCCACCUGUUUCUUCAGGUGUUCAUGCUUUUGGUCUUUGUGCCACGGCCCUCAUCACUGACAUCCUCCAACUGAUGACCGGCUACCCAACACCUUACUUCCUCACUGUGUGUAAACCCAACUACACCACCCUCAAUGUCAGCUGUGAGCAGAACCCCUACGUGAUGGAGGAUAUCUGCUCAGGAGCAGACCCCACGGCCAUCAACCAGGGAAGGUGAGGAGACAACAGUAGAGACACGAUGCAGUUGAUACUAACAAAAAUGUAGAAAAGGAGAAAAGAGGGUGGUGAAAACAUUAGACUCUUUCUAGGGCUGGGUGAUAUGACCUAAAAUUAAUAUCACAAUAUACUGAGCAGUUCACCUUGAUAACGAUAAAUGGACGAUAACUACUCCACAAGCUGCUCACCCCCUCCCACAUUAACUUCGUCUACUUCAGCCGCUACUUUUGAAGUGUCCUCCAUCUCCUCACCUGUCUUUCCCUCUUUGUUACGGACUGGAUGAGGUGGAGUCAAGUCUCCAAAGUAGGACAGCAUCUAUAAGGGACAUGAGACCAUAGCCUACCUACACACAUCCAAAACAAACUUUUAUUUAUUUAUCUUUUUUGACACUGAAUAUAUCCACAUGGGCAAAAUUACGUCAGUUAUUGUAGUAAAUUUCGGUAUCCGUAAAUUUUCAGUUCAUCGCCCAGCGCAAACUUUUGCACAGGUGAAGAAAUGUAUCGGUGUAUAAGUAAUAAAAAUAUGAGGGUAAUUAAAAUGAUUCAAAAUAAUGAAUUAUAUAUUCCCCUUACAAUUUAUCACUAGCAUAUUCAUAUUUCAGUCCCACAGAAGAAUACAUUUGAAUCUGAAGUUUAAGUAAAUCUUUACUCUGUUACCCCUCUUGCACAGGCAUGUGUUAAUAAUACAGAAACAUAAAUUUGUAUGACAUCCACAUUUAAUUAAAAACUAAAAAAAACAGUCCUCAUCUACAAAAUAAAUGUUUUUUUAAACAAUCUGUAUCCUUAAUUAUUAUAAUAAACAUGUAUCAUGUCUUUAUUUUAUGGUAUCGUACAUCACAGCAAUCAUACCAUACCAUGUUUGUCAUACUUCAUUUACACUGUUAUGAUCUUUAAAAAAUGGCAUAAAGCCAUACUUGAUUGAAUCGUAUAGGAUUAAUGCAUACUUGCAUUUCUGAGCAUUUUUCCAUAGGGAGGAAAGUGAGAAGAUUUAACCCAGUUUCCACAUUUCACUCUGAGGUCUGUGGGGAGAAUCUGCUGAUUUUUUGUUUGUUUAUUAGUUUCAUAUAACCAUGAGCCAGAAUAGACUUAUUUUGGUCACACAGAGAAAGAGGUCGAAUGAGAUUGGGGAUAGCUUUUGAUGUUUUGUGUUAGUUGUUGUAAUAAUGAGGUAAGAAAUGCUUGCGAUCAAUGCUUGUAAUCAUGCAUGAACUUUUUGAGGAAAGUUAGCUCCAUUUCUGUAUUCUCUGUGUUAAAGUUGGGUGAAAACAUAAAAUAUCAUCUUUUUAAAACUAUGAAAUCUACUACUACAAAGCAGUAAAUAUUUUUAACGAAGCCGCAGGAUUUGUGUACUGCAAUGUGGAGCUGCGUCUCACUGAAAAGAAAGGAGUUGUGGGCUGAGUCGGGGUUUUAAAAUACUAAUGUAAUUCAGAACAAUGAGGGCAUGUAAAAAAUUCAGAAUAGAGAUAAAGUUAUGUCACGCUUUUUUUCCACACAGUCUCUUUUCUGCACUCUCUGUUACUUUAACAAACAGACGCUGUGUGCUUACUUCACAUUCACAGUGACCUCUCUUUGUGUCUCCAUUUUUUAUGGUGUUUGGUCAUGUCUUCUCUGUGGUGCUCUCUCCCCCUCCUCCUCCUCCUCCUCCUCCUCCUCCUGCAGUUGUCCUUCAGACUUAAGGCCACAAGCUUUUAAGUAAACAGUAUGUAGACAUGCCUCUCCUCCUUCCUUUAACCUUGGAUGUGCAUAUUUAAAUGAAAAACAACUCAAGUGAGUUUAAUUUGGUGGUCACUGACAUCACAUAUGCCCCCCCCAUUCAUUGAUUCUUUAUUGUGGAUGUCCUAACAUUACAGUUUGAUAUCUCCACAGUCCUCUGAAAAAGACAUUUUUCUUUGUAAGGGUAUUUUUAUGUUUUUUUAAUGAGUUUACUAUAAACAUAAAAGCCAAAAGUCCUCUUAAACCACACUGGGUAAAGUCAACAAGUCUAUUUGUUUAUUGUUCUUUUCUCUAAACUUGAGUAUAUGUGGUAAAACUGGUUUCAUAAUAGAGACUAGAAUCUGUGAGAUUUAUUUAAAUUACUUAAUGUCUCCAUGUGGGGGAUAUGUACUGUGUGUGUGUGUUUAUAUGUGUGUGCAUGUGGCAGUAGACAGCAGCGGGAUGUGGGCGAAGGGAUGAGGCUAGGUUUGACCCAAGCAUUUGGCACACACAGAUUUGAAUGCGGAGAAUAGGGGUCUAAAUAUAACCCACCGCUCCUGGCAUAAACACUGUCUUCUGCUCUCUGUGGCAGCUUAAGCUUCAGUCUUGUUUCCAAGGCAGCAUGGAAAGCUGUUCGCUGCAGCGGUUGUCUACCAGGGGUAUUAUUAACCUAUUUUAACUGAGGUACCUUCUGACGAAGAAAAAACGCCAUAGUUAAGCUUUCCCUUUAGCGAGACAAAAUUCUGCAUUUUCAUUGGCUGAAUUUACUGGGGGGCUUUUUCAACUUAGGAAAGUAAUCUCUUGUUCUUGGGUCUCAGAACUGGAAAUAGUUUCCUGACCCAAAAAGAUGCCACUAAAGACACACACUUAUUUUGUGCCAGAGUUUGUUGUGUUUGAAGUUUAGAGUUUUAGUUAUUAAUCAAACGCAUCUCUAAUGUGACCACAACUUGUGUGCAGCUUUCUUCCUGUAUUACAUUAGGCUCCAUGCACAUGGACAUUUCUAGCAAUUUUAUUAAUGAAUACCCAGAAACUUAAAAUCUAAGUAAUAUGAUUCGGCCAUUACAGGCAAACAGUCCAUAGGUUUCCAUGCAUAAACCAAAAAGGGUUUUCCUUCAAUAGUUACUCUUGUAUUUUGUCACGACCCGGCUUGUGAGCCAUGACAAAAAAUGAGAGACAAACGGUUUAAAUUGAAGAAAUUACGGAUUUAUUAAAUAAUCAAACAACUAACCAAAAUGUGCAAAAGCUAUGGGAUGUGAUAGCUGGUGGUAGCCUAUCAGUGUGUCAGCAGAUGGAUGAGUGUUCAUGAGGACCGCAAAAUGUUGUAUGGUGUAGAACCUAAAUGAAACCAGCCAAAGCCAAAACAACACAACACAAUCGAUGGGGAGCCCAAAAGCAAAGAGAGGAAGACUGCGGACCAAGACCGGUCUUAGAUAUUCCCAGUUUGCUCCCAGUUUCAUUUAGUGACUCCACCCACCAGGACCUGCAAAACAGCAAGGACAACAACCGCACCAAUGGCAGGCCCUGCCCAGACAGGAGGGCUGUCAAAAUCAAGGAUACUGUUCAAGACAGAACUGAAAUUUUCACGACACAAUUUUCAGAAAAAAAAUCUCAACAUAACCACUGUUUACAGUUCCAGUACAGUAGUAAGAGUAAAAAGUUAGACCCUGAAGAAACUUGUCUGAAAUAGUUGAAUAGGAAAAAAAAAGCUAGUUAAGUUUCAUCAUGAUCAUUCAGUGAUCAUUUAGCGUGCUUUUUAUGUGUCCACAGCACUUUGUUGUGUGAAAUCAGCCUUUAUUUCUGCCACCACAUGAAUGAUUUUUCCACAAAUGCCCCCUCAUCCAAUGUCACGCAGAUCAACUUAUUGGGGAUAAAACCUUCAUUACAUGCAUGAAUCAUUAGUGUGGAACAACAGGACAUAAACGAUGUGUAAAGAGGUCCAUUUUCUGAGUAAAUGUGCAUUAAGUCAAAUUAAUUGCAAUGUGCGAUUCAAUCUGUGUGAAACAUUUCAGAGCUGGAAAUGGGUCACUUGAUGGAGAACUCGUGGGAUCAGUUGAUAUUUGUAAAUUAAUUUUUAAUAACUCCACAGAUGUUGUAAAUGCUGGUUUUAAGGAGGAGAUACACAACUGUACAGCAUCCACCAGGCACACACAUACACAUAUACAGACAGCUGCAUGCAUGUUUCAAAGCACACGCAUUCCCACACAUGCAGAGUCAGGAGUAAAGAUGGGGGCUGGUUGGAGGAGAAAGUACCAAGAGUUGUCAGAAGUAGGUCAUUGGAUUGGAGCCUGUGAGAAACUGGGCCACAGGUUCACUUUCAUCGUGAAGCGUACAGUCAAGCUCCAGCCUCGCUAUAAACUGUAGUAUGUGUGACUGAAAUUAAACAUUAUCUGCAUAUGUGUUCAUGUUCCAGUGAGAGUAUUGUCUUGUGGCACUAAAUGAAAAAAAAAAAAAACACUGACUUAAAUUUCUGCCUCAUUGCAAUUUCAUGGUUGUAUUAAAUUUUUCAGGAGGCUUUUUAUGUCAAGAGAAGAUAGAAGAACGUGAAACGAAGCGUCUCAUUUGGUUCAGUAAUUUAACCCUCAACAACUGACUGUGUGCACAUGGUGGUUUCAGAGAUAUCUCAUUAUGUGUUUGUUUUAUAGGCAGUGGUUAAACCCUCUCUCCACCCUCUGUUGACUCACACAUACAGAUGUGAACAUCGGCUAAGUCUAUUUCUGUUCUUUCAUCUCUUGCAGAAAAUCCUUCCCAUCACAGCACGCCACCCUCGCAUCCUUCGCUGCUGUCUAUGUUUCUGUGAGUAAUAGUUUGAGCCCACACAAACUCUGAACCCUGCUCAACCUUCUACGAAGUGUCUAAUGAAACAACAUACGUUUGCAAAUGAAACAUUCAAAAAUGACCGAUGGACUCAGCCAAGGUUUAAUAUUCUCCAUCGAUCUUUACUUAAUGCUAUUUUUAAUUCACACGUACCCAAAAUUUCAGCAACAAAGAAAAAAAGCGUUAAUAUUUAAGACUCCUGAAAUUUACGAUAAAGAAAAAGGUAAGUGUUUUCAUCCCAGAACAAAUUCAGACAUUUUACCAAUACACAGAUUUUUUUUCAGUGUGAAAUCACAGUAAAUUACUGACCAAAUUUUGCAUGACUUUCACAGUAAUAUUUACAGAUAUUUACUGCUAAAUAACCUCACAGUAAUUUAUUGUAACUUCGCAGUCGUAAUGUAACAGGACUUCUUUGUGAAAUUACAGCUUAAUACUGUAGUUUUACAAAUGCAAGACCCAAGUUAAUUGGUGUGAUAUUACAGAGGAUUUUGAUUUCAGUAUUUAUUGUGAAACAGUAGUUUAAUGCUAUAAAGUCCAGUGUUACAGUAGUUGUUACAGGUAGUAUUUGUGAUAUCAUAGGGGCUUUUGAUUACAGUAUUUAACUGCAAAAUCCUGGUUAUUUUUUACAGUGUAUUUCAGGGGUUGUGGUGACUCAGACAUCAUGGGGCACUGCCAAUAGGCAUGACACAACAAAGAGAGCAGCCGCUUCAGAGAGCAUAAUUACUGUUUGUAAUUCAGAUUCCAAAUGCGGGAAAAAGGACAGGGGGAAAUAAUCAGUUAACAUGUCAUGUGUCCUCAGAUGUACUUUAACAGCACCCUGACAGACUCAUCCAAGCUGCUCAAGCCCCUGCUGGUCUUCUCCUUCAUUAUCUGUGCCAUCAUCUGUGGUUUGACCCGGAUUAUCCAGUAUAAGAACCAUGCCAUUGAUGUCUACCUGGGCUUCCUGCUUGGAGGUGCCAUCGCUGUCUACCUGGUGAGGACCAGUCUCAAUUUUUUUUCUAUGGUUUCUCUGAAAAAAAAGAAAAAGCCAGUAUGGAGAUGGAGCAGUGGUCCUCCUGUAUAAAACGUUGACCAAAAGCAAAGUCAUUCAUUGUAACUGAGAGCAUCUUAGUUUAGUGUGUUUGUUCCUUCAUUUCGUUUUUGUUUUAUUUUCUUCUCUGUUUCUUUGUUUUUUAGUAUGUAAGCAUUUGUUUUUGCACCAAGCAGAAAAAAUGAAUUUAAUUCAAGUGGAGUGCUGUGAUGGGGGGGGGAAGAGAUAUAAUGUCAAAAAAAGUUGUUUUAAACAACAACAGCCACUGGAUUAAACAUGAAUUUUUUUGUCAAAAUUCCAUUCAAUCAUUAUCCAUUUGGGUCCCAGGUGGACUGGAAUCUUUCCCAGCCAUAAUCAGGUGAAAGUUUGGGUACCCCUUGGACAGGUGGCCAGCCAAUCAUGGGGCUAACACAUAAAAUCAAACAUACACUUCUCACUGGCACCUAAAGUCAAUUCAGAAUGACCAAUGAGCCAGAUCAGGUUCAUUUAAUGGUUUGGCCAGAAUGAUCAGAUCAUUUUUUGAAUAAAUUAAACAUAGAUCAAUUAUAUCUAUCUGCUUUUUUUGCUAGGGUUUGUAUGCAGUGGGAAAUUUUCAGCCCAGUGAGGAGGCCAGCGCCAGCCCCCCUCCAAUCCUACACCGGCCCCCCUGCUCCUUGCCCCAUAUAAGCCAGGAAGCUGUACUCCAUCACCUGCAAAUGAAAGCCAGCCUGGCUGGGGAGUCUGGCAUACCUACCACCCACACUGAGGGCCUUUUACAUCGAGGCCUUCAGCAGCAAAGACCUGAAGACAGUCUGAAACGUUCCAAUGCGGAUGUUGAGGUUAUCUCUCCACGCAGUCCUCUGAAUAAAGAUGCUCUGGUGACCUUUAGCCAUACCCUCCCGCGGGUCCACACCCCCCAGGCCAUGGCAGCAUAUGAGGAAGCUGCUAGACGUCACGCUGCUACCCUUCAUCACGCCUCUAUGGACUCUAGCCGCUCGAAGCAGCUUCUAUCUCAAUGGAAGAGUAAGAACAACCACAAAUGCUCCCUGCAGGUCCCAGACUCCUUCUCCUCCUCUAUCGACUCAUCAUCUGGCCAUUCCUCGCAACAUCCACACCACCAUGGAAGUAUGGAGCUCAGAUCCAGCUCUGAACCAUCAGCUAUGGGCAUGAAUGGAGGAUUUGAUGCACAUGCAUACAUGGCCAAACUGGCCUCAGGAGCGUGUAACACCUUGCCCAGUAAUUGCAGUGGUAUCACAGGAGGAGCCAGGAUAUCCAUGCAGUCUAGACCUGGAUCUUCGCAGCUGGUCCACAUUCCAGAGGAGGCUCAUGAGAAUUACACCAGUGCAUCACCAAGGACAGGGGAAGGAGGAGGAAGUGAAGGGAUGUCAGCAAUGAAUAGCACAGUUCAAGCCAACUGGCAAAGGGCAGCGGAGAAGACUACAGCCUGCAGGACUAAUGAUAAUGGGCAAAACACCCAACCGCGAAUUAUGCAAGUGAUUGCUAUGUCCAAGCAGCAGGGCCUACUACAGACCCACUCUAAGAGCUUAGAUGAAACCAGCAUUGGCUGUAGCACAACUGGGAGUGGCCAAGGCUCGGCCCGCUAUAGGGCACUAACUGAUCAAGACCCCACAAGCACCACAGGGCCCAGUUCUCUUGGUAGCACCACAGGCAGUAUUUCAGGGAGUACCGGAGCUAUCGUCAGGAUAGAGGCCCACCCUGAAACCAACAGGCCAAUCAUCCAAGCUCCGUCCACGGAUGGAUCUGGAUCAUGGAGGUGGCGGUCACUGGAUCACGGAACAGGGGGUGGUGGAAAUAUGGGGACUGGAGCGGGAGGAGGAUCAGUAGGAGGCGGUAGUUUGAGGCAGUCCUUUGAGUUAAACGAUCUUAACAGAGACUCCGAAAGCUCAGACUCAAUACGUGAAGGGUCGAUUGACAGGAAGCGUGCCAAUCACAUUGUUACGACCACUGCCACCGUUAGCACCCCACCUAUAGUUACUGUUCACACCCAAAACACGGGCCAGUCAGAGCAAAGGCUCCAUCCCCAGGGUCUUUCUACUAUAAGAGUCACUCCUGGAGAUAGCUGUGUGUCUGGAUCUGUUGGUGGUGGCGGAGGAGCAGGAGGAGGCGGAGAAUCUGCCUCAGAAACCCAUUCAGUCACUUCUAGUCGUGAAUCAACACUGCGGAGAAAAGGCAAUAAUAUCAUCCUGAUUCCUGAAAGAGCUAACAGCCCGGAUAAUGCGCGAAACAUUUUCUACAAGGGGACAUCCAUAACGCCUGCUUUUAAGGACUAGUUUACUAAAUUUCUCCUGAAAAGAUGUAGCUAAUCAUACAAGACAGCUGGAUUUUCUGAAAACAAACCCCAUAUCUGUGACAAGUGACAUUAUUUGCCACUAUUGUAUAUACAAAAAAACUUACAAAAAAAAAGUUUUAUUAAGCAUGGAUUUUUUUUAACAUAUUAAUGCUAAAUCACAACCAUUUAAGUGUUGUAGAAAAAACACUGUGUUCUUUUGUGGUCACUCCCAAGAAAACCUCGUGUAACGUCCAUUCUGUGCCAGUGCUUCGAGGGCAGGAAAGCCCUUUUUCAAUAGAUCCAUUGGCUUUGAAUAAAAAUCAGCCCAGAGAGAAAAGAAUAGAUAAGUAGCACAGUUACUUUCAAACUGUAGCAAAAUACAGCAAAAUAACUGUAACAUAGCUGUGAAACCAGUGUUAACUUCAUUGCACUGAGUAUAUUGUGUUUGUUUGAAAAGGGUGCUACACCAGACAAUACUAUUUAGUAUACAAAAUACCGUAUAAUUUGAAUAGAUGAUGACUUAUUUUACAGCGUGAACAACAAUGACGUUAAUAUGUAAAAGAUAUAUCAGAGAUAUGUUUUGUAUUUUGUCUCUUUUCUGUACAGGUACCACACAUUCAACAGAAUACUGUUUUGAACCAUAAGUGUGCUUAGCAUUCCUUCUGUAGCUAUGAAGUCAAAUAUGCUGUGACUUGCACUGAAAUAUGCGUUUACUGUUCCUAGUAUACUGUAAACCCUGACCUUAUCUUUAUAUCCUGUUCUUAUAUUUGGACAUCCAUUUCAAUCACAUAUCUACAGCACAACAAAAGAAAGCAGAACAAUGGAAAACCUUGUGUCUUUAAUUCAUAAGAUAAUUUGUACAUAUCCAAAUCUCAGUGCAAUACUUGACCUCAAGCUUCCAUGAUGAUUUUUGCAGGUUUUUAACUACUUAAAAAGUUUAUCUUUUCGUAGCUUUCAAAUUAACAGAAAUAAUCUCGCUGCUGAGAAAUCCAAAGCCAGAAGAUAUAAUGAGCAGAGUCAAAAAAGAAUAAAGAGGAAGGUGGUGUGACAAGAGUUCUCAAAUGAGCCUCAUGUCAUGACUGGCAGCAUGUGGAUUCCUGAGGCUUAGAUGGGUACAGAGAUUUUCCAAGAUGAACAACUGUUGUCGCAAACAAAACACUUAAGUCCCCCUAAAAAUGUUCAAAUAGUUAAAACUUAAGUCCAUUAUUAAUGUUUCUCUCUUUGGACACAAACAAGCAAAUAAACAAAUGAAAACACAAUUGUACCUAUCUAUCUCUCUGUGUUUGCAGAAGAAAUCAUCUGGGAUGUGAUUUUCUUUUUUCGCAUAGCAGUCAUCAGCCUUAAAAUUGCUCAAAAGGUUGAAGAGACUAAACACAAGCACACCCUUUAUGUUUUUUCUUGCCAUGGUCUUGUUGUGAACAUUGUUGGAAGACUUUUGUUUCACAGAUGUUUGAUUACAACUCACAGUCAAUAGAUUCUCCUAAUUUGAACUAAGUAUAUCCCAGACCUUCUUCUGUACCCGACACUCAGAGAUAAAACUGGUACAGAUUUUUUAAAUCUGAGUCCGGCUUCAAUUGCUGAAAAACAUGUUUUGUUCUAAUGAAUCUUAAUACUUUUUACAUGUUUAUACAUGUAAGUAGCACAGUGUUCAUCCUAGUCUGAUUAAAUGAGAUUUGGUGUGAACGAUAUUUGAAGAUUAUACAUGUAGCAUUUUUCCCCAAAAGGAUAACAAUUGCUUGUAAAUUAUUUUCACGUUAAGAAAUCAGCGGGUAGCAGAGGGGUUUUGCUGAGAUUUGCACUCCGUUCAUCAUCGGCUGUAUGCACUGGAAGACCAGCACCUUCCUCCAGUUUUGUGCUGCAAUUCUUUUUUUGUGCUAGUAAGCAACCAGCAAAUUUUCUAUUAAAUCGAACCAAGUUGAACAAACAGUGGCCAGUAGAUGCUGCCAGCUCACCUAGAAACUAUGUGAUUUAUUUAUGGUUAUACGUCCCAAUUGAUUAUGCUUUUUCAUAACUUUCAUUUUGAAACACAGACAGACAUACAGGGUAGAUACUGUUUGGAAAAAAGCUAAAAGACGACUGUUACUCAGUUGAAGAAUUACAAAACCUGUUGUUUACACUGGUUUAUACAAUAUGCAUAUCAUAUAUUAGUAUCUCAGUGGUCAAAUGAGCACCCACUGUUUAUAAAUUAUAUUUGAUACAAGUACUCCUGAAUUGACCAUAAUUGUUCAAUGAAAUUUUUUGCCAGUGUUACUAUGUGAGAAAAUUUGCCAAAGCUCGAUUUUUUUAUUUGAGAAAAAGUAUAAAUCUUCAUGUAACUUUUAGUGUUUGUAUAGCAAGCUUGCAAUAUAUUGUACAUGAUUUAUUCUAUACCCAAGUAACAUUUGCAUGGUCACUUUUUGAAGUGCAUAUCACGAGAUUUAUAUCAUAAAUGUUUUGAAUCUUUACUUUACACUGGUGUUUAACAUUAUGUUCUCAAUUUCAGUGUAUUGUAGAGAGAGUUUAAGACAAUCUUUUCUUUAUCUGUUUACUGUUGCCUAUUUAUGUCAUAACCACAGGCUGGCUUUCUUUUAAAUGAUUCUGCCAUUCACCAAGUCAAAAUGUGUAUAUAACCCACCCGAGUAAAAACAAUAGCCGAGGUUCUGACACAAGUACCGAGUAGAUAGAGUAUUUUAAUACAGUCUUUGUUGUUUUCGAGCUGUUAAGCACUGGUUGCUUCAGUGCUUCACACAAGUUGCCUGAUUUGGUUUUUACUCACACCUCAGAAUAUUUUUUUGUAUCAGCGAUAGUUACAAAACCUAGGUAAAGUUUUAAUACUUUAAAGACUAGAUGUGAGAUUGAGGGCAUUUGUUAUAGUUAGAGGUUUUGAAACACAGUUCAGUCAGGAUUAAAUUUAGGCAUAAGUUCAUUGAGUUUGUCAGAGUUGACUUCAGACAAGCCUGAUAGUUGUAUCCUGCAGUGUUUUAUGAGAAUGGCUUUAGUGACUCGAUCUUUCGUGUGAAAAUUUCUAAUGAUUUUUUUUUUUCUUCUGUGUCAUACUGUAUACUUAAAAGAGCACUUAAAGUAACAGUCAUAAACCAAUGAGUAAAGCAUAGCUGAGUAGGAGUUCCUUCAGUGGCACUAAACUGUGUAUGUUUCUAAUGAAUUUGUUGUUCUCCCAUGAAAAGACCAAAACCAAAAAUGUGUCAGUACUGUCCAUAUCCCCCACUCUUUCUGUGGUUCUCAAUGUUUUAACUACAAGACAUUAACCUUUGAAUACCAGCUCAAAAAUAAACCAUUCUGAUUCACAGAGAUGUAAAUCAGGCAGCAGGACAGGGUGUUUGUGAUUGAGUAGAAAGAUGAAGAUCUGCUCUUGGUAACCAGGAAACGUGUCACCCACACACAAGCGCUGGAGCGUAUUCGUUCAGCGCUGUCUAUGACUUAAUUGAUUACAGAAGCACCGAAGAGAUCCCAGCUGCCAACCACGACUAAACAGUCCUCCCUUGCUUCUCAAGAACAUUUCAUACCAGCCUCUUGUUGCAGACAUAUCAACAACAACAACAACAAAAAAGACUGCCAUUUUUUUAUGUGAUAUAAAAGUAUGUGAAAUCAGUCUGUUUGACAAAAGCUGGACUUGUGUGAUUGUGCAAAAUACAAUACACUCUUAGAUCGAAGCCUUAACAUUGUCUAAUCUCCCUUUAUGGUGACACAUAAAAAUACCCCCAGAGUAUGAUAUAUAUUAUAUAUACAUAUAUAUAGAUUGGAUAUAAAGAAAAAACGAUAUGUCAAGAAUAUUUGUAUGACAUUUUUUCAAACUAUUUGUCUUAUAUAAGUCUGUCCCAAAGGCCUGUGAAAUCAAAGUGUUAUGUGACACAUGAGUAGAUAUGUAGAUCCAAUGGGUAGAACUGUGAAUGGAUGCUCUCUGCAUGUGUAGCCUCUUGUGUUGUCUUUGGAUGAAUCAUUAAUGUUUUCUUAUACUGUGAUCAGCUGUAUGAAUUCUAUGCAGCAGGAAAAAAAAAACAUGUAAAAAUGGAUUUACUAUCAAUUGAGUUCAAAAAGAAUAAAUGGUUAAUACUUUUCUUUAUGUGCAACGGUCAACAAAGCAAAGUAAUGAUGGUUUAAAGAGAGUUGAAAGUAGCAAUCACACUGAGAGUUCACAGCACGUUGAUCAGACUAGAUGGCAAAUUGUGAAUCGUUGAAAUGGUCAGAAUAAAUGUUUGCUAUUGAAAUCAAGCAGCAGAUGUCCUCCAAUUCAUGUGGUUAUAUUUCUCAAAGUUAAUGUUGACGAUAAGGUUUCUUUGUCCUGUUUGCCAUUUAAAUCUAAGGAUCUAUAUGUUAAACUUUCAGUCCUUAUAAGAUGAAACAUUCAGCC